CCAAGCAAUAGGACAAGGCGGCAGGGAGCUGGACGACUUAGCAAUGUCUGACGACGUAGACGUUCCCCAACCGCGACCCAAGAGAUUCACUCCGCCAUCCAUCAAACCACCCCACCACCACAUCACGCUGCAACGAAUCCUUCAAGACGACGGUGAUACCUGAGAGUUUACGCGUCACUUUUACCGAAAAAAAGUCGAUAAUUCACAAGGAAACCCACAAACCAACCAUGGCGUCGUCAACACAAACUGCCCCUCAGAAGAAGGAGGACAAGCCAGCCGACCAGACAUCCAAGCUUGAGACCCAGCAAAAAUCAGCCGCGCUCGAGGAGGACGACGAGUUUGAGGACUUUCCGGUGGACGACUGGGCGAUGGAGGAGACCGAGGCCGGCGCGAGCAACGACGCCGCCCAGAAGCACUUGUGGGAGGAGUCAUGGGACGACGAUGACACAAGCGACGACUUCUCCCAGCAGCUCAAAGAAGAGCUGAAGAAAGUCGAGGCUUCAAAGAGGAGAUGAGCAACGGGUUGAUGAGUAUCACGGGUUCCCCUGGGCACACGGCAUCGCACGGGGCGCAGCCACAAACCACCAUGGCUACGAGAAAAGGAUAGACACAGUUGUCGAGCGGGAAGAAACCGCCACCCAAAUAACAUCGUAAUAGACGCCGUCAGAAUUUCAUCGUCAAUGACCCUGUAUCAAGCCAUAUCAAACCGGGGUGACGUGAGUGUAUAUGUCAUGGAUGCCUCGGAUAGACCCCCCGUGGCUCUUUGACAGCCCUCAUUCUGAUAUGUACUAUUAUUUACUUCAAAAUGAUGGUAUUGCUGCUCAUAGAUAGGAGGUUCUACUGGACAUUGUUCUUUGUUCAUCAAAUUGUCAGGGAAUCCUUGUACUUGCAGUAAUUACA